AUGAUUGGUCGACGGCGGUUUUGUGUCACUUUGGUCUAUUUUUCAUUUCCCGCAUUCUCCACCACUGGUCAACUAAACAUGUCUGCUAUCAUCUCCAAGGCCACCGGUCUUAUCAACACCACUGUCUCCAAGUCCACGCAGCUCGCAAACCACGCCGUAUACUGGGGCAAGGUCACUGCUGAGGUUGGUAAAUUGGUAUUUAAGAACGAAGGUUUGGCUCCUCCAUCGGCUAAGCAAUUCGAACAAGUUUACCAAUCGGCUUUCAAAUUCAUCAAAUCUCCACAGCAGCAGAAGGAUGCGUUGGUCAAGGCUUCGCAAUACAAACCAACCAAACAAGACGCUGUCAAGGCUGCUGUAUACGGUACCCAUUUGUUGGCGUUCUUCUCGGUUGGUGAAAUAAUUGGUAGAAGACAUAUCAUCGGAUACCCAUCCGUUGGUGAACAUCACCAUUGA